ACGCAUAUACUUACACAUAUACAUACACCGAGUGCUUAUAUAUAGCAGCAUUAUAUACGGAGAGUUUGGCUGAAGACUUGUUCUGUAUAACCGACUCAACCUAUACUUACAAACUAUACAUACAAGUGUUUGUGAAGAGUAUCUGUGCGUAGAAAUGUCGCCGGCGGCCGGCGGAGGAUUACCGGGGAUGACGUCCGACAGUUUCGCGAAGGACGCGAUAAUCUCGUGGUUCCGCGGCGAGUUCGCGGCGGCGAACGCGAUGAUCGACGCGCUGUGCGGACAUCUGACGGAGAUAGGCGGCGACGGGAAGGAGUACGAGGCGGCGUUCGCGGCGAUUCACCGGCGGAGGCUCAACUGGAUUCCGAUUCUGCAGAUGCAGAAGUUUUAUUCCAUUGCUGACGUGGCGAACGAGCUCAAGGCGGUGGCGGCGGCGAAGAAGGAGAGGGCGAUGGAGGUCGCGGCGGUGGAGGAGAGUGUUAAGGAGGUGGACGGUGGUGAGGAGGUGGCGGAUGUGGAGUCCGGGAGGUCCGAUGAGUCGCCGAAAAGCGAGAUCACCGAUACAGGUUCUCAUGAAGUGCAGCACAUGUUGCCGAACAUUGAAAUAUGCUCAGACCAUGAGAACUGUGAAGCUCGCCGUGCUCAGAUCAAUAUGACAAAAGGGUUCGUAGCUAAGGAGCCAAUGAAAUGGCAUACGGUGAAUGUGGUGAGAGGUCUGAAGUUGUAUGAUGAGAUAUUUACUGAAACUGAGCUGUCUAAGUUGACAGACUAUGUAAAUGAGCUUCGAAUCGCUGGUCAGAAUGGCGAAUUAUCAGGUGAGACCUUUAUCAUGUACAACCAGGCUAAACAGCAAGUGAAGGGGGGCAAUAAGAGAGAGUUGAUUCAGCUUGGAGCUCCAAUAUUUGGACCAAUAAAAGAAGAUGCCACAAAUCAUUGCCCGAAGAGUAAUAUUGAGCCAAUUCCAGCUACUCUACAAGGUGUCAUCGACCAUCUAGUUCUGUGGCAUUUGAUUUCAGAGAACAGAAAGCCAAACAGCUGCAUAAUUAACUUCUUUGAUGAGGGGGAAUUUUCACAGCCUUUUCUGAAACCACCUCACAUAGACCAGCCUAUCUCUACUCUUCUCCUCUCAGAAUCAGAAAUGGCUUUUGGACGUACUCUUGUAUGUGAUAAUGAUGGGAAUUACAAAGGCUCGCUUAUGCUUUCACUGAAGGAAGGAUCACUUUUGGUGAUGAGGGGCAACAGUGCUGAUGUUGCAAGGCAUGUUAUGUGUACAUCCCCAAGCAAAAGGAUCAGCAUUACAUUCUUCAGAGUCCGGACACAAACCCAUGAGAGCAUCUCAACAGCAGUGGCGCCUAUGACCGGAGCCAUGACUUUGUGGCAACCUGGCGUCCCUAAUUCCUAUGCACUAUCAAAUGGGGCACGCAAUGGCUAUGAAGAAAUGGAUAUGAUCCCAAAGUGGGGUGUUCUCCGAAGCCCAAUGGUCAUGCUAGCUCCAGUUCGUCCAAUGGUCUUGGGCCCUAAAAGGAUGUCACGGGGUGGCACCGGAGUAUUUUUGCCUUGGAAUGCAAGCGGGACCAGGAAACACACGAAGCAUCUGCCUCCGCGUGCUCAAAAAGGACGGUUUCUCGCACUUCCUCCACCAGUCGAAACACACAAGCCCGAAGUCACUGCUGAUUCUGAAAUGAUAAGCAUCGAGGGAAAGUAGUUAUAAGUUGAUAUGAGUAAGGAACAUAUUGCUGUUAUCAUCCGUGUUGUCUACUUAUUCAAAGAGCUUUAUUUAGUGUAUGAGAAAGAGUCGUGGUGUUGAGAUAAUUCUGCCUUUGCUUCUCCUUGCUCUCCCCCUUUUGAACAGAAAUUAGGCUAGAGUACUGCUGGUUGUUAUACUUUUGUUGGAUGCGAAUUACAGUAGGGUGCUAGAGUGUCUCGAGUUUCAAGUUAAAAAGUGUGGAUUAGCCCCUAAGAGAGGGCCGAUUUUUGUACCGUAUUUCCUUGAACUUCUAUUUCAUAUUGAUCUUUCUUUUC